GAAACAGCAGUCGGCCGUUCGUCGCUCUCCGCCAAGAGUAGUCUGUGUGCGCUGCCUUUUAGGAGAAUUUUACAGUGGACAUUUCGAUAUAUUACAGGACAUGAGUGACAGCGAGGAGAGCCUGAAGGGGGAGGCGGUCCCGGAGGAGCAGGUGGAGACGCUGGAGGUGCCACGGGAGGCCAAGGCGGUGCCAGUGUCCAGCCGCGUUCUCAGGAGGAUGGAUGAAUUCAGGGCCGGAGGAAGCAGUCGAAUGUGGUGGACUGUGUUCUGGGUAUUCGUGGCGGCCGCCGUGGGGUCGAGGCUGCACUUCAUCACAAUGCCUUACAAAGUCGUGUGGGACGAGGCGCACUUCGGCAAGAUGGUCAGCUGGUAUAUCAACAGAACCUUCUUCUUCGAUGUCCAUCCCGUGGGAGGCAAGCUGCUCCUGACGCUGUUCGGCUACCUGGGGGGCUACAACGGCACGCACUCCUUCGAGUCUCCUGACAAGCCCUAUGACGGCUAUGAUGGAAUCAUGGCCAUGCGGGUGGGAUGUGCGUUGAUGGGCGCUGCGUUGGUGCCUCUGGGAUUCCACAUCGUUUGGACGCUCACCAAGUCCCUUCCGGCGUCGACCUUCGCUGCCGGCCUCAUCACCUUCGAGGUUGGCACGAUUACGCUCAGUAAGUUCAUUCUGCUGGACCCGCUUCUGCUGUUCUUCAUCAUGGCUUCUUUUCAUGGCUUCACCUUCAUGCACGAAGCAGCUGAUAGGUCCUUUUCGAAGCAGUGGUGGUUCGCCUACCUUUACACAGGCGCGAUGCUGGGUUGCGUAAUGAGUGUCAAGUUUGUAGGCCUCUUUGUCGUUCUAGUUGUAGGCCUAUAUGCUGCCCUCGACCUCUGGCAGAAACUGGGAGAGCUCGAUAGGCCUUUGCUAAGCGUAGCAGUACAUUUCAUGGCUCGGGUUUUGACGUUGAUAUUGUUACCUGCUGCAAUCUACGUCAGCGUUUUCUUUAUCCAUGAUCAGCUGCUCUUUAAAGCAAAAACUCUUCACGCGGCGGACGAGGGGACUUUCAGCCCAGGCUUCCAGAUGAGGCUGAAGACGAACCUUCUGAACAACUUAACACAACCCAAACAGUUGGCUUACGGCAACGUCAUCACCCUCCGGAACGCCAACUUGGCCGGCAUCUACUUACACAGCCACAACGCUACGUACCCACAAGACAAAGUGGGGAAGAAUAAGCAACAACUUACUGGCUUCGGUGCCAAAGAUGUGAAUAAUUACUUCAAGGUUCUGUUCCCCGAAGAGGACCCUGAUCUGGAAAACAGUUUCUAUGAUGGUUUACCCGAGUAUGUGAUGAACGGCGACUGGGUGCGGCUCUACCACAUGACCACGCGUUCCUUGGUCUCCUGUGAUAGGAACAUGUCUCUCGUGACCAAGAAGCACAAUCUUGCUUAUGCUAAAGCUUACGUGACCAUGUGGCAGCUCUGGUCAGUACACAUCGUCGGGGGCCAGCCAGGCGAGGCCGUGAAGGUGCUCGAUUCACGCGUCAAGUUCAUCUGCAUCCCACUGACCUGUGCUCUCACGUGGAGUCGCGAGAAGCUCCCUUUCAAGUGGGGCUACAACCAACAGGAGAUAACGUGUUCCAAAAACGUUAUGGACGAUCAUACCAAUUGGAUGGUAGAACUUAAUAUGAACCCGUACCUCAAAAACGAAAGCUUUUCCCACCUGGAGAGCGGCUUCUUUUCGAGAAUGAUCGAGACCCACAGAGUCAUGACCUUCAUCAAUGCUCGCCUGAAACCGGAAGGCGAAGACCGUUACAACUCUCACCGGCCGUGGAUGUGGCCCUUCUGCCUCAAGUCUCAAGUAUGGUUUGAUGUUUACUUCCGCAUCGUGCUGCUAGGAAAUCCUAUCAUUUUCUGGAUUAAUUUGGUGUUCCUGAUGGUUGUCCCCGGCCUCAUUAUUGCUCACUACUACCGGCUGAAGCGAGGUCACACUGACAGGCCGCAAGUCAGAGAACAAAAAGAGAGGAUGAUCUUUGCCUGCAAGUGGCUCUUCCUGGCCUACCUGUUCCACUACGUCCCCUUCUACACCAUGGAUCGCAUUCUUUACUACCAUCAUUAUUUCCCUGCCCUCCAGUUCUCUUCCAUGCUAACAGCUGUAGUAUUUGGUUACCUCCUUGAAUCAUUGGACACCUGGCUGCCUGUAAGGAAAGCACGUCUAGCUUUCCACUGGGCCACUGGUGUCUUCUUUGCCAUUGUUCUCUACAGCUUCCACUUGUACUGUUAUGUCGGAUAUGGACACCCAACUGUCAGUGGCUUCAACCCAGACAAUUCCACUUUCAAAAAUAUUAGAGUCUUUGAUUCUUGGGAAAUUUAGGAAAGAUACCGUCCUGUAUCUAAGAAUUGUUGAAUAUUUAGAUCCUGUUGUUAUUGUCUGUUUCAUUUAAAUAUUCAAUAUAGAUUUAUAUUUAGUUAAAAGCAUAAGCCUUGUUACAUAGUGAUGAAAGGGCAUUUAAUAAUUACAUAUACAUGUGGGAGUUUUUUUUUUACUUGUGUUGCCAUAUAAUUGCUAUCUAAGACUAACUUUAAGACUAUAAAAUAAAUGUGAUAUUUUUAUUUUGUUUUAUAUUCCUGACAAAAAAUGGUGAUCAACAAAAUAAUUUCUUAAACAUUGUUUAUAAAGCUUGCUAAUUCACUCACUCAUUCACACAAUCUGCUGUGGGCUUUGCUUCCUAAGAAGUCUGUGCAUUAUGGAGAAGUGCUCCAUAAUGCACAGAAAAAUGUAAUUCAUUCCAUAUGUAAUAGACUGAAUAUAAUAUUUCAAAAUCC